AUGCCUCACAAACAGAAGAAGAACCAGAAUGCCGUUUCGAAGGGGUCGCCCCGGGCGAACAAGCAGAGGCCUUCUAUGGACCUACCCCUGGCCCACCCGCCCGCCUUAGCAACGACGACGACGACGACAAAUUACCAGGAAAUACAUCAAAACGAGGUGGAAGCGCUCCGCUCGAUAUAUGGCGAGGACUUUGAGGAUGCCGAACAGAGGCGGUCAGCUUGGCAGCAAUCCUCGGAAGUUGCCUUCAAGCUCCAUUUGCGAGCGUCUUCUAAUGUCGAUGUCCGAAUCAUGCUCUUGGUGGACCUGCCAACGACGUAUCCCAAGACCGUUCCCAAUAUCACUGUAGAGAAGCUCGAAGACUUGCGCCUAGGAGCCCAGGCCAGAAUCAAAGAGAUCCUCCGCAAUAAGCCUAAAACCCUUCUUGGCUCGGAAAUGAUAUACGAGAUUGCCGUGUCUAUCCAGGAUGUCUUGGAAGAUGCUGCACAGGCGAGGGCUCAGGAUAAGGAUCUUCCCAGUCUAGAAGAAGAACGCAUCGAACAAGAGACUGCGGCUAUUCAACGGGCGGAGCUGGAGAGACAGGAGGAGCUUCGUAAGCAGGAAGCUGCUACCGCAGAGGAGGAACGGGAAUUGCAGCAACAGUUGGAAGAUAAAAUGAGACAGCGUACAAGGGCGCGGAAAUCGCGGCGUAAGAGUCAUGCAUCGGGAAUGGACGCCGAUGCUUUUCUGGAUUCGAGCGUGGAGAACCCCGGCGCAAUUUCUUUUGACCCGCCACUCAUUAUGAACGACGCCCAUAAACAACCGUUUGCCUUCCGUGCUGUUUAUGGCAAGACACUACUCCAAAGCAGCGAGGGCCAUGACACCUUCACAGUCCGACCCGUUGUUUCGGAGAGCAGACCUCACGCACCACUUCUAGUUCUAAAAGAGAUUCUUCUUCUAGACAAAGGUUGCGGCUUCCCAGUCUUUAAAGAGCAGAUGCGCUCAAGUGAAGAUAAGCUGGAGGCUUUGAAAAGGCUCCGCCAUCCGAAUCUUGUGGAUUUUGUAGGAUUCAAGAUCCAUCGCCCCUUGGAACCGGGAGAGUUUGAUGGUAGCUGGCGGAUAUACGUCCUUCUUGAAUACGCUAACAAGGGUUCUCUGUCCGAGUUAUUGGACAUAGUGGGAACCAUCGCCGUCGAGAAUAUUCGCUCCUGGAUGAUCCAGCUUCUUGAGGCCCUGGAGUUCUAUCACCGCAGCGGCUUCGUGCAUGGCUCUAUUGACUGUGGAUGCGUGUUCUUAUUCCGAAAUCAGGCUGGCGGCAUCAAUGUGAAGCUGCAGGCAAGGGUCGAAGAUUCACUGCCAAAUUCUCCUGGCGAUAAGCGUGAUCUGACCACAUCGAAGUCACCAUUCUGGCUACCACCUGAAUUGACGCAGGAGGGUACGCCCCCCACCAUGAAGACAGAUGUCUGGGAUCUCGGUAUUGUUUUCCUCCAGAUGGCAUUCGGGAAAGAUAUCCUUGUGCGUUAUACAUCCGCCAAUGCUCUCAUGGGCACUCUUGGGCUGUCGGCUCCUCUACAGGAUCUGCUGCAUGAGAUCUUCAAGCCUGAUCCGAAGAAGAGGCCAACGGCAUUCCAACUGCAGCCUUCGGAGUUCUUUCGAGUUAAUGCACCUCUAAUCUCGCGCACCAGUGCUUCAAACUCGAUAUCAAUACCGCGACGCCCUCGCCUUGACUCCCAAAGUGGUUUGCCUGCUUUGUCACGUUAUAGCCAGGACUUUGACGAAGCAGGUCAUCUGGGUAGAGGGGGCUUUGGUCAGGUCGUUAAAGCUAGAAAUAAACUUGAUGGCCGUUUCUACGCUGUCAAGAAGAUUUCGCAGAACUCGACUGCAGCCUUGAAAGAUACGCUAUCAGAAAUCAUGCUUCUGUCUCGACUCAAUCACCCCUAUGUUGUACGUUAUUACACAGCGUGGUUAGAGGAAGAUUGGCGUCACAUUGAGGAAGAUGCCAUUUCAACUACCGAAGGAGAUUUCAUCUGCAGUCAUGAACAAGGUGAAUUUGGAUACAGUACUGGCGGUCUUGACUUCAUCAGCUCGAGCGGCUAUCCAAAGAUCGAGUUUGGUGUGGAUAGCGAUGAAGAAAACGACGGCACACCUUCCACUCUCGAAAGAAGGGAAGAUACCACAGAGAGUUACAGGACUGAUAGUGGCGUUGGUACUGAAAUAAGUCGUACUAGGUCCGGCUCCCAAGGCCGUCUAGUGACUACUAUUCUCUAUAUUCAGAUGGAGUAUUGCGAGAAACAUACCCUUCGUGACCUUAUUAAAAACGGUCUGUAUGAUGACAUCGACGGUUCCUGGCGUCUAUUCAGGCAGAUUUUGGACGGCCUCAGUCAUAUACAUAGUCAUGGAAUCAUCCAUCGGGAUCUAAAACCCGAUAAUAUUUUCAUUGAUGUCGCAAAUAACCCUCGAAUCGGUGACUUUGGUCUUGCGACCAGUGGCCAGUUCAUGACAGCUGUGCGCUCAAGUAGCGCGGCAAAUUUUGAUGGUAAUCUAACCCGAAGCUUGGGCACAACGUACUACGUUGCUCCAGAGAUGAAAUCCGGGUUUUCUGGCCAAUACAAUGAGAAAGUUGAUAUGUACUCACUCGGUGUCAUAUUCUUUGAAAUGUGCUAUCCACUGCCGACAGGCAUGGAACGAGAUCAGAUGCUACGAUCGAUCCGAGAAAAAAACCAUGUCCUUCCGCCAAUGUUUGAUCAAUCCGAGAAAGUUGUUCAGGGGCAGAUUGUUGAGUCGCUCUUGAACCAUAUUCCAAGCCAGCGACCCUCAGCUAGUGAGAUACUUCAAAGUGGCAGAAUCCCACUUCAGGUUGAAGAAGAGACCUUCCGACGUGCGAUCGUCCACUUACUUUCUGAUCCAACUUCUCCGGAUUACAAAAAGAUUCUCUCGGCCAUAUUCUCGCAAUCUCCAAAGAAAUUCGAAGACAUUGCGUGGGACAUGGAGUCGCGCGGCUCCCCGGCGGCAAAUGAGCUGCUAAUCCAAGGGCUCGUGAAAGAGAGGCUGGUUUCGAUCUUUCGCAAGCAUGGGGCUGUGGAGUCCCCAAGACAGAUGCUGUUUCCGCGGUCUCAGCACUACGAAAACGGCGUGCGACUUUUGGAUUCCUCUGGCAACCUGCUUCAAUUGCCCUUUGACCUCACUCUUCCAAACGCCCGUGCAAUCCCACGCCAGGAUGCCUCUCUGGAAAAGACAUUUGCCUUUGGUACUGUAUACCGAGAAUCGCCUCAUGGAGGCCAGCCAAGGACACAUAGGGAGGUGGACUUUGAUAUUGUCUCUCAUAAUACAUUGGAUCUCGCAUUAAAAGAAGCCGAGGUGAUCAAGGUUUUGGACGAGAUAAUUGAGGAAAUGCCUCCUCUAAGAUCAGCCUCAAUGUGCUUCCUCAUCAACCAUUCCGACUUGCUCCAGAUCAUCAUGGAGUUCUGCCGCAUUACCCCAUCUCAGAUACCAAGGGUAAAAGAGACUAUCAGUAAGCUGAACAUCGGUAAAUGGACAAUGCAGAAGAUCAGAAGUGAGCUUCGAAAUCCGGCAAUUGGAGUGGCAUCUACGUCAUUAGACGACCUUGCACGAUUCGAUUUCAAAGAUUCUCCCAAGCAAACUCACAAGCGACUUCAAGCUAUCAUGGAAGGAACAGAGUUUGCUGAGCGAUUGACGCCGAUAUUCGCGCGGUUGAGCAUACUAGCGAAUUACCUCAAGGGCUUUAAUGUGAAACGAAAGAUAUAUAUAAAUCCUCUCGGCAGCCUAAACGACAAAUUCUUCAGAGGGAGUGUCCUUUUUCAGUGUGUCUUUGACAGCAAGAGACGGGAUGUGUUUGCCGCUGGUGGGAGAUAUGAUCGCUUGGUCCAGGAGUUUUGUCCAAAGAUUCUAUCAAGUCAUUCUCAAGCACGCGCUGUCGGCUUCAACCUGAGCUGGGAUAAACUCAGCUCGUUAAUGAUUGAGUAUUUGGAUUUCAUGUUCAAGUCUUCUAUCAGGCACCCUGAGCUGGAAGCUACACAGUUCUGGAAAGCCCGUAGGUGCGAUGUACUUGUCGCUAGCUUUGAUGCCUCUGUAUUACGCACUACGGGCAUCAAGAUCGUUCAAGACCUUUGGCAACAUGAAAUCAGUGCUGAGCUCGCUGUCGAUGCCUCCUCGCUGGAAGAGCUCUUAUCGAAGUAUAAAGACCAUAAUCACAGUUGGAUUGUCAUUGCAAAGCAGGAUAGCAAAGAGCGUGGGUUCAAGAUUCGAAGUCUCAUCCGCAAAGAGGAGUUCGAUUUGCGAAGUUCGGAGUUAAUACCCUGGCUACGAACUGAGAUGCGAGCUCGGAUGCCUCGUGAAGCCUCUUUGGAUUAUUCUAAACAACCUAAACUGUUGGGUCCGUCGGACUCAUCAUCGGCCCACAAUGAGAGGACCACUGAUGUGCGCAUUCUCGUUCCUCAGCAUCGGAGCAAGAAGACGAAUAGACGAAAUAUCGUGGAAUCUGCUCUUCUUCGCUCUCGAGAAGUAGCUGAAAAGGCUCUGGAAGGCCCAGUUGUCGCUAUUGACACGAGAGACGACGUCCUCGAGGCCAUCCGCGAUACACGGCUGUCUGACCCAGACAGCUGGCGUACAGUCAUACAAAAUUCACCAUUAACGGAACGUAAAUAUCUCGGCCAGGUACAUGACCUACUUCUGGAUCUCGCAUCCGAAAGCCAUGGCGUGGGUGACAGCACCGAAGGCUUCACAAACGCCUUCAUAUAUAACUAUCGCACAGGCUCUUGUCAAUAUUAUGACCUGGGCCAUGCACCACAUCGGUGA